AUGCCUCAACUCCUGGGUAACAGCAGUUCACGUGAACAGGCUGCUGAACAUUAUGCAUCAGAAUCCAUUGUCUCCAUUGCUAUCUUCAUCAUCAUUUUCAUCAUAGGUAUCCCAGGCAAUGGAUUGGUGAUCUGGGUAGCUGGUCUGAAAAUGAAAAGGUCUGUGAACAUUGUCUGGUUCCUAAACCUUGCCGUGGCUGAUUUCAUUUGCUGUCUAUCCUUGCCAUUUUCCAUUGUUCACCUGGCCCUCCAUGAACACUGGCUGUAUGGUUGGUUGCUCUGCAAAGUCAUCCCAUCAGUCAUAAUCUUCACCAUGUUUACUAGUGUCUUCCUACUUACGGCCAUCAGUAUUGACCGGUGCCUUCUUGUGAUGAAACCUAUCUGGUGUCAAAAUCAUCGAACAGUGAAAUUUGUAUCACUAAUAUGUAGUGGCAUUUGGAUCCUGGCCUUCGUUUUCUGCUGUCCUGUCUUCCACUACCGUGAGACUAGCACUCAUGAUGGCAAAACUGAGUGUGGGUACAAUUUUGGAGAUCACGUAGUGCUGGAUUAUGUGGAUAGUCCUGUAAAUGAGUUACAGGAAGAAUACUCACCUUUAGACUACAGUGGUAAUGACUCCUGGGUUAAUGUCUAUGAAGGUGAUUAUUCUGUGUCACUUGCCUCAGUGGCAGUAAACAUCACUAGGACUGUCUUUGGCUUCAUACUCCCCUUUGGCACAAUGGCAGUUUGCUAUUCCCUCAUUGGUUUCAGAAUGCAUGCAAGCCAGUUCCACAAGCCACACAACAGAAUGCUGAGAACAGUUGUGAUUGUGGUAGCUGCAUUCUUCAUCUGCUGGGCUCCAUACCACGUAGUUGGGAUUCUGUACCUUAUACCUACUCUUGGAACACAACUGAGGCAGUCACUGAUCCUCUGGGAUCACCUCUCUACAGCACUUGCAUAUGCCAACAGCUGCGUGAACCCCCUGCUCUAUGUGUUUGUGGGGCGGGACUUCAGGGCAAAGGCACGACAAUCACUGCGAGGAAUGUUGGAAGGUGUCUUUACUGAGGAGCCAACACAUUCCAUCCCUUGCUCUCUUCACAGAAGCAAGACUUCAACAGAGAAGGACACGGGCAGCACAGUGUAA